AAUCAGAGUUAGGUCAAUAUUAUCCAUAGACAAAAUCUUAGAAAAUAUAACUAGCUAUGUUAUAAAUAAAUAUGUAAUUUUUUAGUUUACUCUGUGGUUUAACUCAAGAAAACAAACAAAUUACUUAACCAUUUUAAAAUUUGCAGUGACAUUACUUAUUUAAUAUUAAAAUAUUUUGAUUUGAUUGAAUUAAAAAAAUAUUCAACGUAAUCCGCGGCGAAGUGUCCAGCUCGCUGAAGGAAGAAUGGCGACCCCUGAGGCCCACAAGCGGAGGAGGACAGUGUCGCCGGGCUACACGCGCGAGGUGCUCGAGAUCCUGGCGACCCUGGGCGACGCCAACGGCAGCACCAUGGCGCAGAUCACCAGGAACCUGAGGCGAUCCUGCUCGCCCAAGCCGAGGUACCUCAAGUACCGCAUCAGGAGCAGCCUGAACAAACUGCGCGACCAGGGAGUGGUGAGGCGCCAGGGGCAUCACUACAUCCUGCUGCGACCAGUGCCCAAGACGGGGUCUCCCCGCUCGCCAGGGACCGCCAGGCGGGAGGCUCCCUGCAGCAUGUGCCUGAGCACCGUCGCGUGCCCCAAGUGUGGCGGCUGGAGGGUAGUGGCCACAGGGCUCGCGACUGCCAGGCGCUGCCGCAAGAGGACGGUGCGGUUCCGGCUGCCCCGGCAACCGAAACACCCGGCAGAGGCGCACCAUCGUUGUGCAUGGCCGACCGUCGCCGAGCGUGGCCGAUCGUCGCCGAGCGUCGCCGAGCUUAACCGAUCACGACGGACUCUCUCGUGAGCUGUGAAACAAACGUGACCGAGUGGGGUCGACCGUCGCCGAGCGUGGCCGAGCUUUACCGAUCACGGUCUACUCUCUCUGUGAACAAAUGUGACCGAGUGGAGCCGACUGUCAUUAAUAACUUUAAUGAUUAAUUUAAAUGGAUUUUAAAUUUAGUUGAAAGAAUAGCUGACAUUUAAAUAUCGGUCCCAAAUUUAGUACACAUAUAAUUAAUGAACCAAACCGGUAAAAAAACACAUGCCUCUAAGCACAUUAGAAGUAAUCCUUAAGAAUAUAGAAGUAGGCGAAUAUGAAAGUAUACGUGCAAGUAUGCGAGUAAACAAAAAUACAAAUAAGCAAGUAUGUGAUUGACCAAGUAUACGAGUAAGCAAGUGUGUCUGAACUCAUUUGUAUGUGUACAAAUAUGGAUGGAAAGAUGGAAUCAAGAGCCCCACUCCUGGACUCCAAGCAUUCGUUAUUCUCUGAUGAUAUCAUCGUUCAACUUCCGUUCCCAAUUGUAACUCAAUUUCAUUUUAAAAAAUGCUCACUUAUUCUAAUAUGGACCUUGUUCGGUCCAGCUACAACUCUUUGAUUUGGUCUGGAAGACAGCAGCUGCUGGGUGGCUGGAUUUUCUUUUAGUUUGCCAAGUUUGUCUUCAAGAAAACGUUUUUAUACGCAAUUAUCUAACUAUUCUUAGUUAAAUUAGAAAAUUAUUUUUUUUCGUGUUGCCAUUAUAUUACAACAUGUUUUCAACAUUGCACAUUUUUCUUUCGAUUUGUUUUUGUAAACGAUAUAUAAAGAAAUUUCAAAUGCACUACUCUAUGCUUGUCAACGAAGAAAGGAAUUCCCAACUCUGGCACUGUGAGUUUGGUCGUUUUCCGCCGAGCUGAAGGGGCUAGAAGAGGGAGGGGGCAUUUCCUGUGCCUUCAGACUUCUAUGCACCCCCUGGACAGCAGAAAAGACGCAGUGGAUUUCACAUCUUGAGGGACAUUGGGCGUUGGACUUGGAUGUGUUCACGUGCAAUGACGUGAUUUGUAAUCUUUUUUUUUCCUGGUUCAUUAUGUGAGCAGUAAAUCAGUGUAAGAAAACAAA